AUGCAGACACCGAAAACCCACAAAGCCGUGGUAUAUGACAAGCCGGGUGAGAUUUCUACACGAAUCGUGGAGUUGGUCACUCCGGCUCCAGGAUCUGGGCAAAUCCUGAUCAAGAUGACCCAUUCUGGGGUAUGCCAUUCCGACCUCAGCCUCAUGACCAGUACUUGGAGUUGGCUUCCCGAACCCGUAAAGAGCGGACAGGUGGGCGGCCAUGAGGGCGUCGGCGUCGUCGUCCAGUUGGGACCGUCGUGUGAGGCUUCAGGUGUCAAAGUUGGGGACCGCGUGGGCAUCAAGUGGAUUGCAGCUGCGUGCGGCAAUUGCAUGCCUUGCUUGGCUGGGGCUGAUGGCAUCUGUGUGAAUGCAGAGAUAUCUGGCUAUACAUGGCCCGGUACUUUCCAGGAGUACGCCCUAGCCCCAGCUCACUAUGUGACGCCAAUUCCUGAUGGGCUGGCAAGUGACAUUGCGGCACCGCUUCUGUGUGGUGGUGUUACUGUUUACUCAGCCCUCCAGAAGAGCAGAGCGCAGGCUGGAGACUGGGUGGUCAUCGCUGGAGCCGGUGGUGGGCUGGGCCAUCUUGCAGUGCAGUUGGGAGGCCGAGGGAUGGGGUUCAAAAUAAUCGGGUUGGAUAUGGGUUCUAAGGAGUCCUUUGUCAAUGAAUGUGGCGCCGAAGGUUUUGUCGACAUCUCAAAGUAUCCUACGGCCGACGGCAAGAGCGUUGCAGAUCAAAUCCUAGAAAUUACCCAUGGCGCAGGCGCUGCGGCGGCUGUGAUUUGCAGUGCCAGUAACGCUGCAUAUGCCGAGGCCCUGUCUUACCUGAGAUUCAAUGGCACGCUAGUCUGCGUGGGCGUUCCGGGUGAAGCAAAUCCAAUUGCUAAUGCCUAUCCUCAUUUGAUCGUCGGCAAGCAAUUGGCCAUCGUUGGAAGCAACGUGGGCAACCGUCGGGCGGCAAUCGAAACACUGGCUAUGGCCAAACGGGUAGCCACUACUCCCUUCCGUCUUGAAAAGGCCCAGAACAUUAAUAGUGUGUUCGAGGAAAUGAAAGGCGGGAAGCUGCAAGGACGGGUGGUAUUGGACCUACAGUCAUGGACUUAA